UUCAAGAGCAUAAGAGCAAUGAUCUGUUACCUGUUAACUAAGUUUCUGAGCCAAUGUCCAAAAUAGAUACACAAUAAAAGAUCUGUCAUGCAUAGAUGAGUGGACCUUCGUCAGACAAGUGUCUAAAUCCUAAAGCCUCUAUACAAAAACAGUGCAGUUCUGGCCAGAUGAGACAUUACGGCAUUCUAGAUUUUUGGAAGAGCACAACAGAAAGUAGGAAUCAAGGGACAAAUCCUCUUGCCGAGCCAAGUGAUGCAGUACCUGCUGGUGUUUGUAGUACCAUCACAAACAGCAACCAGAGUCCCAGUGAUGUCCCUGUGAAUGUCGUCACUUUGAUGCCCGGCCAAGCACCAAGCUCUUCAAACGCUCCGGUGUCAGAUGGGGACAAAGCUGGUGCCACGCUCCUGUUCUCGGGAAUCUUCUUGGGCCUGGUUGGCAUGGCAUUCACGGCUAUGGGGUGGACAAAUUACAAUUUCAGUCACAGCUACGAGUGGACACAGCUUCUGGGGCCAAUUCUGCUGUCAGUAGGAGGUACAUUUGUGCUGAUAAGCAUCUGCAAGUUCCAAAUGCUGCUCUGCCUGAGCUGCAAGCAGAAUGAUGGAGAGUUGACACCUGAAACAGACCCUCUGCCGCCACUUUCAGGACCAUCGUUCAUCUUCACUAGAUUCAAUCAGCCCAUUACCUUCCACAGGGCCACGGUGGUCCAGUACAUCCCACCACCGUACACCUCUGUAGUACCAGACCAAAGUCUGAGUCCUGUUAAUGGUUUGCAUUCAAACCCCCAGCCAUUAGCAGUCACAGUGAACACACCGCCACAGUAUUACAGCAUGUAUCCAAUGGAAAACCCUGGAUUUAAUUCUGGGGAACAUGACAGCGCUACAGCAGAGCAAAGGGAAAACAGGAAUCGCGGUGUCUCAGAAGACGAAGAAGAAGAGGAGAAAGAGAGUACAGCAGACAGCGCCUCUUCUCCACCUGCUUACGAGGACAUCUACACCCCUGAACAAUUAAAUACAUUUUAUUAAGAACUUUUUUUAAAUACAUUUCAUUUGUUAACUUAAGGUAUCCAUUAGCGUAUUUGUGUUGCGUAAUUUUGCUCAAUUAAAAUGAGACUCAGAGAAUAUUAUUUAAGUGUUCAUAAUUGAAAUCUACAAGACAUUUUGUUCAUGAGCCUGGGAGAAUAUUAAAUAAGUUUCCACAUGUUGAAAAUACAGGCUAGUACGAUUUCGUUUAGUUUCGAUGUUUAAAGAUUCUUUUACACGUUACAAAUAAUGCGAGCGGCUGUCCUCGUGCUCUCGUGUCCUCUUGGGCUCCUGAGAAGUUCAUGGCACACGUGAGCGUCCAGUGAGGGCCACAUGGGGGCAGAAAUAGUGAGGAAGUACGACAAAACUCCUAAUUCACCAACACUGGGGAAGGAAGGUGUAUUUUAUGCGUGUUCAUUUUAAUAACUGAAAGUAUGACAAAUAAAAAAUGUAAUGACGUUGUG